AGUGCUGGUGAGACAGAAGUUUCAGCUCUUUGCCUCAGCUGCACACACACAGCCGGGACAGAUCCUCUACAUCCUCCAUAUACUCCAACACACACACACACACACACGCACACACACACAGAGAGAGAGAGAGAGAGAGAGAGGGAGAGGGAGACAGAGUUAUGAUGUUGCUCCCAGUGAACUUGCUGGUUGGCGUGCUGUGCCUGAGCCAUGCCAGGAGUGUGUGGGGUAUUGCCCGUCUGUUGGAUGACACGGAGCUCCGCUCAGCUUUCUCAGUUGCACGCACAAACAGCAUGGAAGGCGGGCCCAAGAUGACAGUGACCUUCGACACAGUUUAUGUCAACAUUGGCAAUGAUUUUGACCCCAAGACUGGCUUGUUCCGCUGUCGUAUCCCUGGGGCUUACUACUUCUCCUUCACAGUGGGAAAGUUUCCGCACAAGGACCUGUCUGUCAUGCUGAUGAAGAACAGAAACGAGGUGCAGGCCAUUGUGUACGAGGAAAACUCUGGAGAGGAGAGGAAGGUGCAGAGCCAGAGUGCCAUGCUGCAGCUGGAGUUUGGUGACACCGUCUGGCUUCGUCUCCAUGGUGACCCUCGCUAUGCGCUCUACAGCAACACGGGACACUACACCACCUUCAACGGAUACCUCGUCUAUCCUGACACGUAUGACUAUCAGACACACCACCAACAACAGCACCACCCUGCCUACAACUCUCAGCAGCCCCAGCAGGAGAACCUCCCUCUGUUCAACAGCAACCAGGACACACACCACACACUGCCAGGGCAGACCCGACCCACAGAGGAGAAGAGGCUGGAGCAAAGGGAGGAGUACGCAGAGGAGGAGGGGGAGGAAGAGGACGAAGAGGAGGACCAGCGCUCUGCCUUCUCAGUGGGGCGUACCCAGAGCAUUGUGGGAGCAGACCAGGGAGGCAUGCCUCAGCACCAGCCAGUCAGUUUCGACACAGCGUUUGUCAACAUUGGGGAGGACUUCAAUGUGACGGAGGGGGUGUUCACCUGCCGCAUUCCCGGGGCCUACUACUUCUCCUUCAAUGUGGGCAAGCUGCCCCACAAGACCCUGUCGGUCAAACUGAUGAAGAACCGACUUGAAGUGCAAGCUAUGAUCUAUGACGACAGCCAGGGCGAGAAGGCGCUGCAGAGUCAGAGCUUGAUGCUUUCCCUGAAACCGGGAGACACUGUCUGGCUGUACUCCCACCAGAGAGAUGGUUUUGGGGCCUACAGCAACCAUGCCAAAUACAUCACCUUCACUGGCUUCCUGGUUUACCCUGAUCUCCCCGCCACCAUCAGCCAAUCACAGGCAGACAAGAAACCCUAGCUGCAGCAAGUCGGGUAGGGAUUGAACAUUAUGGGUGAGCAAGUUGAAGCCAGGAACUCAUACAAGACGGAAUCAUCUCAGAAUCCAUAAACCGGGUUUUUGUAGUGUUUAGUUGGGUAGUUUGUGAGUUGUAAGCUGAAGCAGUUUUGGCACUGAAUGUUGUUUUGUGGUUGACUUUGACGCUUCCUCUUUGUAUGAAUUCCUUGGUGAAGUCACAGGGACUCUGAACCGGGUGCAGAGCUUCGAACCACUUCAGUGAACAGCUCUUCGUAGUCCAGCUGAAGGCUACCCAGGGUUUGACUUCACACUCAAAUCUACAAUCCUCAGUAACAGUAAUGUGAACAUAAGUUUAAUAGGUUGCCUCAAAAAGGUUCUGAUGAAAAAUUAACUCAACUCGCCCCCUUAGCAGUCCAAACUUUACUGAAGUCUGUAGGAAAACCAAACAAAUGUAUGUUAGCUUUGUAGUUCAGCCUUCUGCCCAGACGACUGAACUUGGCCAUGUUUUUACAGUUCCAGAUACAAAAUUUCAAUCAAAUGUGUCCUAAUAGCUUGUGCAGCAAAAAUGUGUUUUGUAGCCAGACAAUUGCACUGCAUGUCCAAAAGUGCAAUAUGAACCUGUUUGUUUCCUGUGUUUUUCUCACUGACAAUGCUUUGGUGUGCCUAGCUUUGACAAAGCUCCUCUGUUUCCCUGGACUUCCAGUUUUAACGAAUGGGAAGAGUUUUUUGGUUUCAGUUUCUGCCUCAGCCCACCCUGCGGAACAUGUUUCACCUGGGAAAGAAGACAAAAGAUGAACAUUUUAUGUUUUUGGAGCUGUAAAAGAUGGUACUAUAAACUUCAAUGGUUCAGAAGAAAGCUGAAAAUGGAACUACGAGGGGAAACUCGCUGAGUAUUUAGUGGUUCUAUAAACAUCAGUGGAGGUUUGACAGGGGAUGAGUAGAUAAUGACUGAAUUUUCAUUUUGAGGUGAAUCAUUUCUCAUCCUUCUCAGCAAUGCAACGUUUUUUGUGUGUACUUAGAAAUCCCCUUUCUUUAUGUCUUGAAAGGCAUGUGAAAAUAAUAUGGACAGUUUGUUUUGUGUCAAAAUGAGUCUUUCUUUUCUUCAUUUUGGAGUGUCUCUCUCGCCCAAUACUUGGCCACAACAGGAGUGAAUAACAGGACAAAACUGACUCUGACCGAGUUUUGGAAAAAGCAGACUCCAUAUCCAUCCUGUAGCCACUGCUGACCACAUGCCACCCCUAUGCCUGCAGGGAUAUGGACCAUGAUUUGAUUUCUAAUUCUAGCAGCGUUUAAUUCAUUUCUUCAGAUGGCGACCACUGUGGAGAAAAUUGAAUUGCCUCUCCCGGGCCACUGUAAUAAGCAGGUCUGUUUAAUUUCACACUGCCGGGAGACAGAUAAUGCUGUUCAAAUUAUAAUGAACCUUGACUUUUUGAAAUCACCUUCUCUGUUUGAGAGGUGUCAUUUGAAGUGAUACUUCACUUUGAUAGGACAUUUACAUUUUUUAUUACUUUACUUGAUGUGAAUUUAGUAAAGCUCUAGCUGCACCAGUGGUCUAAAGUGUAUUUUAAACAGCAUAACAGCAUAACAGUUUGUGGUUCACAAGGGUUGAGCUGCGACUUAAAAAAUUGUCAGUAGUCAGGGAAAAAAUUAAAUUGCAGCAGGAAAGGACACAGAUUAAAAAAAAA